AUGGCUUCUACCAGGGAAACAAAUCAGAAAAACAUCGCCGUAAACCGGCGGGCCCGCCGGGAGUACUUCAUCGACGAGUCCUUCGAGGCCGGCAUGGUGCUGCUCGGCAGCGAGGUCAAAUCGCUCCGGGACGGACGCGCGAAUCUGGCGGACAGCUACGCCCGGGUCGACAAGGGCCAACUGUUUCUCGUCAACACCCACAUCAGCCCGUACCCGGCGGCCAACAUCUUCAAUCACGAGCCCACCCGGCCGCGAAAGCUGCUGCUGCACAAGCGCGAAAUAUCGAGGCUCAUGGGAAAGGUGAAGGAGCGCGGCUUGACCUUGAUCCCAUUAAAGCUAUACUUCAAGGACGGACGCGCCAAGGUGGAGUUGGGUUUGGCCCGAGGAAAGAAGCUCUACGACAAGCGCGCCACGGUCAAGGAGAAGAUGGUCCGGCGGGAGAUGGAACGCUCCAUGAAGAGCCGCAGAAGUUGA